AUGAAAGGACCGGAUCUGAAACAAUUGGGUGAAAAGCCACCGAUAUUCCGAAUCAACCUUUCACUCCCGCCGGCAGAACGAUAUGUCGCCUUAGCAACAUUAUACCGUGACAGAAUGCGCUCCUUACGAGGCAUGUUCGACGAGCUGAUCACAUCCAUUUCUCCCAAAAUCCCAAUUCGUCUAAUUCAUAAAAUUGCUUGGCUCUGUCUUCGCAAACUUCACACGCGAGAAGAAACCGAGGAACUGCGUGGGAUCAGCCGCGCCACCGACAUCGACAUGUACCUUCUCAUCUGCCUGAACACGGUCCUUGAUCUACUCAUGGGUUGCACGAGCGGCGGGGUACGAGUGAGAUCUGGCACAUCUGGGACGAAAAUGCUACAUUUCAGGACUCUGGAUUGGGGAAUGGAUCCGUUACGCGACCUGAUCGUUCAGCUGGAGUUUAUUCGGGAUGGAGAUCCUAAGGUGGUUGCGACAAGUAUCUCUUAUGUUGGGUUUGUUGGUGUGCUCACGGGUGUGAGGCGGGAUUUGAGCGUGUCACUUAAUUUCAGGCCUGUGCAUGAUACUACGCGGAACUGUGCAUUCUAUGCCAAUCAUAUUUUUGUGCUUCUUGGGUUGCGACAAUCUAUCUCCUCGCUACUGCGACAGUGUCUCUUACUUCCGGAGCCUGAUGCCCGUGGCAAGAAAUCACUAUCUUCCAAUCUGGCCGAUAUCGUUGCUAAUAUUCCUCAUAUUCCUACAACGGCAGCUUAUCUCAUCUUUUGUGAUGGGUCAUCAACGGUGACUAUGGAGAAAGAUCACCGAACGGCAGUUGUUAGCUCUUCGUCGGCGUUCAUUGUCACUACGAAUCAUGAUCAGCAGCCAGGUUCGGCACCACCGGAAGUCGUGGCUAAUGCAAAAAGAAAGAAUCAUAUAGGCCUCUCGCUACUUUCAGACGAGGUGCAGGACUUGGCAGAUCUAAUUGAGGACAGCAAUGAGCGCCGUGAAUGUAUGCAAUCGUGUUGGGACCGUGAGACUCGAAAACAAAAUGAAAUUGCGGGUCAAGCGCCCACGAGGAAACAAGCCCAAUCCUUUGCUGAACCAUCUGGGCCACGGUCAUCAUUGCGCUUGCGGAAACGGCGAGAGGAAGAACAAAUCAAGGAAGAAGCGGAACAAAGGCGCAUUGCAGCGCUGAACCUUGAUGAUGACUCUGGUAUUGCUGUCACGGAGAUUCAAGUGCUGAGCUGGCUGACGACCUUCCCCGUUUUAAACGAAACAACACAUUAUGCUACUAUCAUGGACCCAUCGAGGGGGGAGGUGGCUUGGGUCAGAAAAUAUGAUGCCAGCGAAUGGGAUUGA